UUGUUCUUUUUCCCAAACAGAAAGCUUGAAUUGACCCGACCCGUCAAUUCUGAAUUUUCUGCUUAUAAUUCCAUACCCAUUAAACUAAGUUCACCUCCAGCCUUUACCCUGAGGCCCUUUUUCAUCCUUUUUCUUGGACAAAAACAAAUACUUGAGUUCACGCUCUGUUCCUCCCUUUAAUUUGGGUUUUCGGAUCGUGAGCUUUCGGGUUUUUUCUCUCUCCAAAACAAUGGCGAUUUCUUCGACUUUUUCCGGUGCUAAAUUGGAGCGUUUGUUGAUCAAUUCUUGCUCAUCGCCCUCUGCUUCUUCUUUGCGGGCUUGUUCUCUUUCUCACCAGCAAAUGAAGGCUUUUUCCAAGCCUAAUCGUGGAAGAAAAGCUUUGGCUCAGAGGACUGGUGGAGUUAGAUGUGAAGUUGCUCAAUCCGACGCCAUUAACGAAGGCGAUAAAAUGGAUCCUUCCAAGGCUUCUGCACUCUCCGCUCUUGAACAGCUCAAGACUUCCGCUGCUGACAGGUAUACAAAGGAAAGGAGCAGCAUUGUGGUCAUAGGACUUAGUGUUCACACUGCGCCUGUGGAGAUGCGUGAGAAACUUGCCAUUCCUGAAGCAGAAUGGCCACGAGCCAUUGCCGAAUUAUGUGGUUUGAAUCACAUAGAAGAGGCUGCUGUUCUCAGCACCUGCAACAGGAUGGAAAUAUAUGUUGUGGCUCUAUCGCAGCAUCGUGGAGUCAAAGAAGUAACUGAAUGGAUGUCAAAGACUAGUGGUAUCCCAGUUUCAGAGAUUUGCGAGCACCGGUUUUUGUUGUACAACAAGGAUGCUACACAGCACAUCUUUGAAGUAUCUGCUGGUCUUGACUCUCUUGUUCUUGGAGAAGGUCAAAUCCUUGCACAAGUUAAACAAGUUGUCAAAGUUGGGCAAGGUGUUGUUGGCUUUGGAAGGAACAUUAGUGGGCUGUUCAAGCACGCAAUUACUGUUGGGAAGCGUGUUAGAACAGAGACUAACAUUGCUGCUGGGGCUGUUUCUGUUAGCUCUGCUGCUGUUGAACUGGCUUUAAUGAAGCUGCCUGAGUCCUCGCAUGCUACUGCUCGAAUGUUGGUUAUUGGAGCAGGAAAGAUGGGGAAGCUUGUGAUCAAGCACUUGGUGGCAAAAGGUUGCACCAAGAUGGUUGUUGUUAACAGAAGUGAGGAGAAAGUUGCAGCAAUCCAUGAGGAGAUGCAAGGUGUUGAAAUUAUUUACAGGCCCUUGACAGACAUGCUCGCUUGUUCAGCUGAAGCUGAUGUGGUCUUCACCAGUACCGCAUCAGAAACCCCAUUGUUUCUGAAAGAGCAUGUCAAGGAUCUCCCUGUCAGUUCUGAAGUUGGCGGUUUAAGGCUCUUCGUUGAUAUCUCUGUUCCACGAAAUGUGGGAUCAUGUGUCUCAGAUGUUGAAGGUGCACGUCUCUACAAUGUUGAUGACCUGAAGGAGGUUGUAGCUGCUAAUAAAGAGGACCGACUACGAAAAGCAAUGGAAGCUCAGGCCAUUAUUGCUGAGGAAUCGAAACAGUUUGAAGCAUGGAGGGAUUCACUGGAAACUGUUCCAACCAUCAAGAAGUUGAGAGCCUACGCAGAGAGAAUUCGAGUUGCAGAGUUGGAGAAAUGCUUAUCAAAGAUGGGUGAAGAUAUCCCUAAGAAAACAAGGAGGGCUGUGGAUGAUCUCAGCCGGGGAAUUGUGAAUAAACUUCUCCAUGGUCCAAUGCAGCACCUGAGGUGUGACGGUAGCGACGAUCGAACUCUCAGUGAGACCCUUGAGAACAUGCAUGCACUUAACAGAAUGUUUGGCCUCGAGUCAGAUAUAUCACUUUUCGAGCAGAAAAUUCGAGCCAAGGUGGAACAAAGCCAAAAGUAAGUGUCAAUAUAGAAUCUCUUGCGUUACGACCAAUUACACUCCCUCACAGUCAAAUAAGAGGAAAUUUUCCUCACAUUGUCAUGAGUUUCUAGUGGAGUAACUAAUCUAUUUAGGGUCCUUGUGGGGUCAUCUUUCAAUUCAUUAAUUUGUGCAAUUCAGACGCUUGUGCUUGAAUCUCAUUUGACUUCACAGUCCUACAACAUGAUUGUUAGUGUUUUUUCGGCUUUGUAGUGUGCAGUAUGAAGUGAGUUUGAUCCCUGUAUCAUUCAUCUAUAGAAUGUAAGAUACCUAUUUGAACAAUAUAAAUCAUUGUAAUUAAUUCACUACUUGUUUUAAUAUCAAGCUGAAAUUCUCUGUAAAA